AGCACAAGCGGCACCCACCAGGCAGCCCUUCAGAAAGGCAAGAUGCAGCCACUCCUGUUUCUGUUGGCCUUUCUCCUACCCCCUGGGGCUGAGGCAGGGGAGAUCAUCGGAGGCCAAGAGGCCAGGCCCCACUCCCGCCCCUACAUGGCGUACCUUGAGAUCCAGACUCCUACACACAUGAACGCUUGUGGGGGUUUCCUUGUGCGAGAAGACUUUGUGCUGACAGCAGCUCACUGCUGGGGAAGCCCCAUAAACGUCAUCCUGGGGGCCCACAACAUCCAGAGGCGGGAAAAGACCCAGCAGCGCAUCACUGUGAGAAGAGCCAUCCGCCACCCUGGAUAUAAUCAGCAGAACCACCUGAAUGACAUCAUGUUACUGCAGCUGAGGAGGAGAGCCCGUCGAAAUCGAGCCGUGCAGCCAGUGGCUCUACCUCGGACCCAGGAGAGGGUGAGGCCUGGGGCCUUGUGCACAGUGGCCGGCUGGGGCCUGGUCAACCUGAGCAGGAGAACAGACAGACUCCGGGAGGUGCAGCUGAGAGUGCAGCGGGACCAGAAGUGCAGCAGUCACUUCAAUUUCUACAACGGCCAAACACAGAUUUGUGUGGGGGAUCCUAGGGAGAGGAAGUCUGCCUUCAAGGGGGAUUCCGGAGGCCCCCUGCUGUGUAACAAUGUGGCCCAGGGCAUUGUCUCCUACGGAAACAGGAAUGCAGUUCCUCCAGCAGUCUUCACCAGGGUCUCGAGCUUCCUGCCCUGGAUAAGGAGGACGAUGAGGCGCUUCACACAGCAGGAUCAGGCCGAGACCCCCUGA